ACCUGUUUUAUUAAACAUAAUAUCUUUUAGUUGAGUUGAUGAUAACACGUGCUAAAAAUACUUUGUUGGCUCGGCCCAUUGCAGGACACCUUACACGACCAUCAUGGAAAUGCAGAUCAAAGCAUCAAUCACCUUUAGGCAAACAACAACAAUAUGUCAUAAUUUUCUUCAACAGAUAGCGGUCGUAUUCUUUGGGAUAAUAUAUAAAAACAUAAACUUCGAUUCAACUGUUAAUUUAAAUGAACAUUUUACUCUGUUGAACAGUGUGACUUAUCAAAUUGGCAGCAAAAACUACUCAUAUUGGAGUUUGUCCUACCAAGGAACGAUUCUUAUAAAAUUGUUUUCAAUAUCUGGAGAUUGUGAUUUGUAUAUAUCAAAAAAUGGUCUGAAACCGUUGGUAGAUCCAUUGAGAUAUGAUUUGCAUUCAGCAACUUGUGGAGUUGAUGAGGUUUUAGUACCACACUCUUUUAAACGGCCUAUUAGCAUUGGAGUCUAUGGUUAUUCUGCUUCUGAGAAGAAUUUGUGUCAGUUAGAUAUUUACAAACCCAUUGCAGAAGUUGAUGUAAUAUCAGAUUAUUUAAAAUUAAAUGGUGAAUACGUGAAUUUUGAGUUAUUACAACAAGAUCAUGAAUAUGCUAAAGAAAACAGGAUAAAUUUAGAUAUAGAAAAUAGUAGGAACAGAAAUAAUUCACCAAUACUGAAAAUAAUUGUUCAGUCUAUACUAAGCACAAGUUUUGUGAUAGAUGCCUUUCUCGAGACAUUUUUAAUAUUAAUUUAAUUAAGCUGUGAAGGAUUUAU